GCCUCGCGCGCCGUGACGCGCCCGCUGCCGUGGUGACGCGCAAAGUGUGUGCCCUCCAUAGCAAUCGCGGCCGCCGCGGGUGUGCGGGGCCGAGGGCAGCGGCGGCGACCCAGCGCGGCAUCGGGCAGGGGCAGCCGCGGCGGUUCUCCCCGUUGGGCGCCGGUGAAUAGCCCGCUCCCGCACGGCGGCACGGCGGGGACGUGCUGCGGAGCGGACGUCGUACAAGCUGUCACCAGCCGCAGGCUCCCCUGGCCAGGCCGAGCCUGGGCGCUCCUCGAGGCGGACGCGGCCCUCGUGUCUCCCUUUGCAGCCGUGUAAAGAGGAAUUGCUGUUGAAACGGAGUGUUGUUUUUUCACUUUCCUUUGUAGACAGCAGAAGUUUGUUCCUGUUUUUUUCUUGGUUUUGUGCCCAUAGUUCCAGGCUAAGCCAUGACUUCAGGAUCUGGGCAUGUGGACUCCAAGGCUGAGCUCACUGCUUUGCUUGAGCAAUGGGAGAAAGAACAUGGCAGUGGGCAAGACAUGGUCCCUAUUCUAACCAGGAUGUCCGAGCUGAUUGAGAAGGAGACUGAAGAAUACCGCAAAGGGGACCCAGACCCGUUUGAUGACCGACACCCGGGUCGAGCAGAUCCAGAGUGUAUGCUUGGUCACUUACUGAGGAUACUUUUCAAGAAUGAUGACUUCAUGAAUGCGCUGGUGAAUGCUUACGUGAUGACAAGCAGAGAACCUCCAUUAAACACUGCUGCCUGCCGACUUCUUCUGGAUAUCAUGCCGGGACUGGAAACGGCCGUUGUCUUUCAGGAAAAGGAAGGCAUAGUUGAAAAUCUCUUUAAGUGGGCACGAGAGGCUGAUCAGCCGCUAAGGACGUACGCAACGGGGCUACUGGGAGGAGCUAUGGAAAACCAAGAUAUCGCUGCAAAUUACAGGGAUGAGAACUCACAGCUGGUGGCUUUGGUGCUCAGACGGCUACGGGAGCUACAGGUCACCGAAAUGACGACAAAGCAGGAAAACAAGCGCCCCAGCCCUCGGAAAGUGCCCUCAGAUUCUCUGCUGCCUCUGGAUGAGGAGGCUGUGGAUAUGGAUUAUGGGGAGAUGGCAGUAGAUGGAGAACAAGAGGAAGUUUCUGGUGAUAUGGAGAUCUCCUUUCAUCUUGAUUCGAGUCACAAGACCAGUAGCAGAGUAAAUUCUGCUACGAAGCUAGAUGAUGGGGGACUGAGGAAAAGCAAGUCAGGGAAACAGCAUGAAAGAGACGGCUUCCGGAAGGCCAAGCAAAAGCUGGGCUUCUCUGCUGCAGAGCCAGAGCGGAUGUUUGUUGAACUGUCCAACAGCAGCUGGUCAGAAAUGUCUCCAUGGGUCAUUGGCACUAACUAUACACUUUACCCUUUGACUCCUGCCAUAGAGCAGAGGCUAAUUCUUCAGUACCUGACUCCCUUAGGGGAGUACCAAGAGCUACUACCCAUCUUUAUGCAACUGGGAUCAAGGGACCUAAUGAUGUACUACAUCGAUUUGAAGCGAACCAAUGAUGUGCUGCUCACUUUUGAAGCCCUUAAGCAUUUGGCAUCGUUGCUGCUGCACAACAAGUUUGCAACGGAGUUUGUUGCUCAUGGAGGAGUGCAAAAGUUGCUGGAGAUUCCUCGUCCUUCCAUGGCAGCAACAGGGGUCUCCAUGUGCUUAUAUUAUUUGUCUUACAAUCAAGAUGCCAUGGAGAGGGUGUGCAUGCACCCUCAUAAUGUGCUUUCAGACGUAGUAAACUACACCUUAUGGCUAAUGGAGUGCUCCCAUGCCUCAGGCUGCUGCCAUGCUACCAUGUUCUUCUCCAUUUGCUUCUCAUUCCGUGCUGUCCUGGAGCUGUUUGACAGGCACGAUGGCCUUCGACGUCUGGUUAACCUGAUAAGCACUCUAGAGAUCUUAAACCUGGAAGACCAAGGAGCCCUCUUGAGUGACGAUGAGAUCUUUGCCAGUCGCCAGACUGGGAAGCACACCUGCAUGGCCUUGCGCAGAUACUUUGAGGCUCACCUUGCUAUCAAACUUGAGCAGGUGAAGCAGUCACUGCAGCGCACCGAAGGCGGCAUUCUGGUCCAUCCACAGCCUCCCUACAAGGCCUGUUCGUACACUCAUGAGCAGAUUGUAGAGAUGAUGGAGUUCCUGAUUGAGUAUGGUCCAGCUCAGCUCUACUGGGAGCCAGCAGAGGUUUUUCUCAAAUUGUCUUGUGUCCAACUCAUGCUCCAGCUCAUUUCAAUAGCCUGCAACUGGAAGACAUACUACGCAAGGAAUGACACAGUACGAUAUGCUUUGGAUGUACUAGCCAUCCUGACUGUGGUUCCUAAAAUCCAAUUGCAGCUGGCAGAACCUGUGGAUGUGUUAGAUGAAGCUGGAUCUACUGUUUCCACUGUGGGUAUUAGUAUCAUCCUUGGAGUUGCUGAGGGUGAGUUUUUCAUUCACGAUGCCGAGAUUCAGAAAUCAGCCCUUCAGAUCAUCAUCAACUGUGUCUGUGGCCCAGAUAAUCGGAUCUCCAGUAUUGGUAAAUUCAUCUCUGGAACUCCUCGGCGAAAACUCCCUCAGGCCCUCAAGAGCAGUGAGCACACCUUAGCUAAGAUGUGGAACGUGGUACAGUCCAACAACGGCAUCAAAGUGCUGCUGUCCCUGCUGUCCAUAAAGAUGCCGAUCACAGAUGCGGAUCAGAUCCGAGCGUUGGCCUGCAAGGCCUUGGUGGGGCUGUCACGCAGCAGCACUGUCCGGCAGAUCAUCAGCAAGCUGCCCCUCUUCAGCAGCUGCCAGAUCCAGCAGCUGAUGAAGGAGCCUGUGCUGCAGGACAAGCGCAGCGAGCACGUCAAGUUCUGCAAAUACGCUGCCGAGCUGAUCGAGCGCGUCUCGGGGAAGCCGUUGCUGAUCGGCACCGAUGUGUCCCUGGCUCGGCUGCAGAAGGCAGAUGUGGUGGCCCAGUCAAGGAUCACGUUUCCCGAGAAGGAGCUCCUGCUCCUGAUUCGGAACCAUCUCAUCUCUAAGGGCCUAGGAGAAACUGCAUCUGUCCUUACUAAAGAGGCCGACCUACCCAUGACUGCAGCGUCUCAUUCAUCUGCCUUCACCCCCGUUGCAGCCGCGGCCUCUCCCGUGACCCUGCCUCGCACUCCUCGCAUAGCUAACGGCAUCUCGGCCCGUUUGAGUAGCCACACCUCUGUAGGUUCCACUGCCGCUUCUGUCCACGCUCAGGCAAGGCCAUCGGCGUCCCAAGGUCCGCUUGCCCUUCCGGGCCCUUCUUACGCCAGCAACUCUCCUCUGAUUGGCAGGAUUAGCUUUGUCAGGGAGAGGCCAUCUCCCUGCAACGGCAGAAAAAUCAGAGUGUUGCGACAAAAAUCGGACCAUGGCGCCUACAGCCAGAGCCCAGCUAUCAAAAAGCAGUUGGACAGACAUCUUCCUUCCCCACCCACGCUGGACAGUAUAAUCACAGAGUACCUUAGGGAGCAGCAUGCCCGCUGCAAGAACCCUGUUGCCACCUGUCCCCCUUUCUCUCUCUUUACUCCCCACCAGUGUCCUGAGCCAAAACAGAGGCGCCAAGCGCCAACUAACUUUACCUCACGGCUGACCCGCAGGGCGGCCUUCCCCAAGUACGGAGGUGUGGAUGGUGGCUGCUUUGAUAGACACCUUAUAUUUAGCAGGUUCCGUCCCAUUUCUGUGUUCAGGGAAGCAAAUGAGGAUGAGAGUGGCUUCACCUGCUGUGCAUUUUCUGCAAGAGAACGAUUCUUAAUGCUGGGUACUUGCACGGGGCAGUUGAAACUCUAUAACGUGUUCAGUGGACAAGAAGAGGCCAGUUACAACUGUCAUAACUCUGCCAUCACGCACCUUGAGCCAUCCAGGGAUGGAUCUUUAUUGUUGACAUCUGCUACGUGGAGCCAGCCUCUGUCUGCGUUGUGGGGAAUGAAGUCUGUCUUUGAUAUGAAGCAUUCCUUCCCUGAUGACCACUAUGUGGAGUUCAGCAAGCACUCUCAGGAUAGGGUCAUUGGCACAAAAGGAGACAUUGCCCAUAUCUACGAUAUUCAGACUGGCAACAAGCUGUUGACUCUGUUUAACCCAGAUCUUGCCAACAACUACAAGAAGAACUGUGCCACCUUUAACCCCACUGAUGACCUUGUUCUAAAUGAUGGUGUCCUCUGGGAUGUUAGAUCGGCACAAGCCAUCCACAAGUUUGACAAAUUCAAUAUGACCAUCAGUGGUGUUUUCCAUCCCAAUGGGCUAGAAGUCAUAGUCAACACAGAAAUUUGGGACCUCCGAACUUUCCAUUUGUUACACACAGUACCUGCACUGGAUCAGUGUCGUGUGGUCUUCAACUACACCGGCACAGUUAUGUAUGGAGCUAUGUUGCAGGCAGAUGAUGAAGAUGAUCUUCUGGAGGAGAGAAUGAGAAGUCCCUUUGGCUCUUCUUUCAGAACAUUUAAUGCAACUGAUUAUAAACCUAUAGCUACCAUAGAUGUAAAGAGGAAUAUCUUUGACUUGUGCACGGACAGCAAGGACUGCUAUCUGGCUGUCAUUGAGAAUCAAGGGAGCAUGGAUGCCAUGAACAUGGAUACAGUUUGCAGGCUCUACGAAGUGGGCAGGCAGCGUUUGGCAGAAGAUGAAGAGGAUGAAGAAGAAGAUCAGGAGGAAGAAGAGCAAGAGGAAGAAGAUGAUGAUGAAGAUGACGAUGAUACAGAUGACCUUGAUGAGCUCGAUACAGACCAGCUUCUGGAGGCUGAGCUGGAGGAAGAUGAGAACAAUGAGAAUGCUGGUGAGGAUGGAGAAAAUGACUUUUCUCCCUCUGAUGAUGAGGAGCUUGCCAACCUCCUGGAAGAGGGAGAUGAGGGUGAAGAUGAAGAUUCUGAUGCUGAUGAAGAAGUCGAACUGAUUCUUGGAGACAAUCUUUCUAGAGCUUGUUCCUGGGCCAGUGAGAUGUCCUUUAUGAAAUGCACACGUGACAUAGGAUGGAAGAAACAGACAGAACUCUCAGCAGCAGCGUGGCUGACUCUUGUUUCCUCUUCUGUAAUCAAUAAUGGCAGUUUCCAGGCAGGUCUACAAGCUGCUGCCAAGCAGUUGCCUGUAAGUCAGCCUGACUGCAGUUAUGGAGCCCAAAACUGGAAGGUUGUCUGGUAGACUGGAGAAUAACGAGUUAGGAGAUUUCAAAGCUCCUUUCUGGUGUUUUAAAAAAGAACAAAACCAAACCAUAAACUCUUUCAGCCUCUCUUCUUCUCCAGAGUUUCUGGAUUGUUAUUUGGCUUGUGCCUCUUUCCCUCUUGCUGCCCAUAUGUCACUGCUGCUGGUGUUUCCCAACUGCCCCUGUGUUCCUGUAGCUGUUUGGGAGCACUGAUGAUGCCUCAGCUAAGGCACAGUGUGGUGAAUGGAGAGCCUGGAGCAUCCCUGGCUGCCCACAGGCACAGGGCAGCUGGCUGAUCUUCAGGGAGGAAGGCUGGGGGAAAGGAUUUGUGCCCUCUGCCUCUUGUGAUUUUGUUUUUUUCCCUAAGGAAAGCAUCUGAGAAGGGGUGAACCUUCCAGAAGGCCUUUUUCACCUUGACAGGCAUUUUAGAGACCCUGGGUAACUGAGAUGGCUGAGAGGAAGUCCUGGUAUCUUUUUCUUGUUAAAAAAAAACCACAAACUUUUUAACAUCUAGUUAACUGCAGCAUCCAAUGAAUUCCUGUAAGGAAAAGAACCAUCAUCACCUCUAAGGUAAGGCAGGAGACUCCUCACUGCCAGAGCUGCUAUCUCUUCCCUCUUGCACAACUGAGGGAGAUCUUAUGUUUUCAGAUAAAAAGCCAAGCGUGUGUGUGUGUGUUUGUGAGACUGCUUCUGGUAAGUUCCUUCAUGGCUUCAUUCUGUACCACAAUGAAGAACACCAGGAAGAGCUCCAGUUUUAGGUCACCUUUAACGAGCACCAUGUGGUUAAACUCAUUACAGAAACCUUUGGGUUGCUGAAGGAAGGUUGUAGUGGAGAAUGUGUGGGACUGCUAGAGGGACACUGAGGGGCUGGAGCAUGAUCAGAGCCAGCCAGUGGAGCUGGGGAAGGGGCUGGAGCACAAGUGUGAUGGGGAAGUGCUGAGGGAAUGGGGAUGUUGUAGUCUGGAGGAGACUGAGAGUAGACAUGAGCACUCUGCAACUGCCUGAAGCGGGGUUGUAAGCGAGGUGAAAGUCAGUCUCUUCUCCCUAGUAGUGAAUGACAGGACACAAAGAAAUGGGCUCAAGCUGCACCAGAGGAGGUUUAAAUUGUCACCAAGAGGGUUGUUAAGCUUUGGAAGGGGCUGCCCAGGGUGAUGGUGGAGUCACCAUGCCUGGAGAUAACUCAAGAGGCAGAGAUGAGGUUCUGAGGGACAUAGUUUGGUGUAGUGAUGGGCCUGGCAGUGUGAGGUUAGUGGUUGGACUGGAUCUUAAAGGUCUUUUCCAACCCUAAUGAUUCUGUGAUUGCUUCCCCUCAGUGCAGAGGGCAGUGACAGCUGAGCGAGUCUGGGGCUGCUCACUGCCCCUGGUCCAGAGGCACAUGGAGCUUUGCUUUCAGAUAGCAACUGUGAGGAAUGACUGCCAGGUCUGUCCAGCCUCCAGCAUGGAGAGCUGAUGCCCUUACCUGGGCACAGCUAACUUACAGCUGAUGCCCUUCUCUUCAUCACGUAAUGGGGGAAAAAAACCCACUGGCUAAAACAUACUACACUUGCUAAAGCUGCCCACCUCCUGAUUCUCUGUUUUCAACGGGGAAAGCAGGCUCUGGUGUGGGUUUGCUCACCGCUUGUGAUUUGUUUUGAGCUGCACUAAUGGUUCCAGCUGCCUCUGUCCGUGCUGGGGAGCAUCUGUGCAUCUCUGAGCGCUGCCCUGACGGCUGUGCCUCCCGCAGCCCCGCCUUAACCCGCCUCUCCUUUCCAGCCGACAGCUCGGAUAACUCGGACUUGGAGGACGACAUCAUCCUGUCUCUGAACGAGUGAGGAGUGGCUGCCGGGCGGGCUGUGGGCAGGAGGAGGCGCUCCCUUCCCAGCAGAAGGCCGGAGACCAAAUUGGAAACCGCUUCUGAGCGCCCCAGCCCUUCUCCUGCCGGGAAGCCGGGAGGAACCGCAGCCCAUCCGCUGCCCUGUGUGAGCUGGAGGCUCGGGGCUGCGUCUGAGGCUCUGCAGCGAAGAGCCCUGGGCUUCGGCCUCUCCUCUCUCUGCCUUUGCUUUGGUUCUGGUUUUGGUUUUUUUUAAUGUUUUCUGUUAGGCUGAGAUGCCUCUCCUCUCCCAGGAAACUCCUGCAGAUAUUUCACAAUAUAUUUUCUUUGUAUAAAGUUCUUUCCUAAAGAACAGAAAUAGUUUUAUAUAAAAAUUUUUUAAAAAGCCAACAAAAAAAAAAACCCCCACACCCAGAAGAAGAGAGAGGCAGGUGGUGUAGCCCAGAGGGGAUGAACUCUGUAUUCCUGUAGUACCUUGUUACCAGGGGGUAGGGUCAGGGGAGAAAACACUCGUUUCAGAUGAAGAGGUGUGUGGCUGCGUGUGCUCAGGCAGAGGAUCAUGGCUGCUGAGAUGGGCGAGUGAGAAUAUUUUUUAUGUUAAAUAUGAUUUUAUUUUUUAAAAGCCAAGCAGCCCCAGGUGUGAGCAGCUGCCAGCGUGCCAGGGGCUGUCACAGGCUGCCGGCCUCCGGACAGGAGCCCCAGGCGCUUUGCUGCCUGAGUACUGGCUGUUGAAGCAGAGAAUUCUCACUCCACAGCUAUGGUGGGAGGCUGAAAUCCUGGCUUGGCCUGCUCAGAGCCUGCUGUUCCUGAAGGCAGGGGCUGUGGGAUGGAUGUUUGAGCCCCCUUUCUCCCCUCUGCCCUUGGUGGUUCCAGUUUUUAAACCUUUAUUUUUCUGUUGUUUUUUUCUUUCUUUCUCCCUCUUGCCCUCUGUGUGGAAACUGCAAAUUGAAGGCCUUUUUCUUUAAUGUAAAGUGUAUUUAUUAAAAAAUACAAUACAAA